AUGCAAUGGAUAGCAUACACGUAGCACUACAGAAGAUCCAGAGGGGUCUGCAGAGACUGAAUGGUUGGCGUGCAUGCACUGGGAGCAUUUGCAUCCCAACGUGUGAUUUGGGAUGGAGUACAUGGCGUUGGUUCUGGAAGGUAAAUGGUUUCAGUAAGUCUCCAGGCGGUGCAAGUGUGUAUCAACACAGUAGAACCAGAGGCGACCUCAAUGAUAAAGGGCGUUUGUGGAGAGGGCUGCGUCUCUACAGCGUGGAUUUAUGUAGGGUGUGCGGGAGGCAGGAGAGCACUAAGAGCGUCAGUGACCAACGCGGCCCGUGCUACGUUACGUUUGUAGCAUUUUCGAUCUGGAUAAUGAAUGUCUAUAUUCCAUGUA